CUGAUGCGGACUAUGCUCCGAGCCAUGCUUCACGAGACGUCGACUCAGCUGAUGGACGAGCAGAAGAAGAUGCUCGAGAGACUCUGGGACGCGUUGAUGGGCAAUCAGCGGAUGACAACGCAGAUGAUGGGUGAGCAGCUAGAGAUGAUUCGACAGCUUCAGCAAGAAGUUCAGGCGGUCAAGACGCAGGCGGUCGAGGAGUCGAGGAAGGUAGAUGAGCUCAGGCGCCUGCAUGAGCAGUCUACCAGGCAGCUGAGGGUGAUGCGAGAGCAAACGAGCGAACAGAUUAGAACAACGCGUGAGCAAACAACCGAGCAAUUGAAGAUCAUCCGGGAACAAACAGCGCGGAACUUUGAGCAGAUGCGAUUGCAAGUCAUGAAAGAAGUAGGGAUAGUACAAGGUCAAGCGGCAGAAGAGAUAAGGCAAGCGAAGGAGGAACUGAAGCAGGCAAGAGAGGAGAUGCAGCAGGCGAAAGAGGAGAUCAAUGCCAUGCAAACUUCUCUCGCGUCUCGCCGAGAAUCCUGCUACAGAUAUUACUCAGGUCCCAGUCCCGCCAGGCUCUGUUGAUCCUCUUCAGGAUGCUACAUACCAUGAGG